AUGGCGCGCGCGGCCGUUCUACCCCCAUCUCCUGUCAAACGGGGGGCUCGUACAGCUCCUCGGACGACUUUGACAAAGACUACUGCUUCCGCCGCCGCAAAGAAGAAGGCGCCGGCCCGAGUGCCCGUGAAAAGCGCUCCCUUGUCAGAUUCAGACGAUACCGAAGAUGAGCUUGGUAUGAUGAUGAAAGAACAACACCAACCUGUUCGAUCCCGCGAGAACACUACUGCACGGCCGGCUGCGCGAUCAGCUGCACGACCAGGGGCACGACCAGCGACGAAAGCUAUUGCCCGUGGUAAGAAAGCAACGCCACCUCCGGCCACAGAAGAACCACUCGCCGAAAGCGACGAUGAAGGGGAAACUGUGAAAUCAGAACCUCCGAAGAAGCGCGUUGGGAGACCACGGAAGAAUCCCUUACCUGAGGAGCCCGCUGUCGCCAAAAUCGAAGCCGCACCUAAACCUCGAGGACGACCGAAGGGUUCUCAAAAUACGCCAAAGCCGACAACUACGCGCAAGACUACUCGAAAGGCUACUAGCCCUGAGACCGUACCCGAUGAGUCAGGGCCGAAGAAGAUUAUCAUAAACCCGAACGCCAUACGAUCCAAUCUUCUCCGCGGUCCGGCAAAGAAGAAGACUGUGACGUUCCAAGAUCUGGCCGAAUCGGGAUCGGAUGAGGAGGAAGAGCCCGCUGCUUCAACCGCUGGACGAAGAAAUGCAGCUACAAGGGGUGCUGGAAAACCUGGACUUGGCUCAACUCCUGUUCGUAAGCACGCGGCGGCAACUGGCCGGGGACGCAAGCCUGCAGCGGCGAAGAAGGAUGCUUCUCAGCCUCUUUCCCCCAAAAAGGCGAAGCAAGUAGCGAAGUCUCUUUCCGCUUAUGCCAGUUCUGACGGUGAGGAGGACGAGCUGAGUGCCGCAAAGGAUGACUCCAAAAGUCCAGUUAAAUUGGUAGUCCAUUCGCCUGCCAAAGAUAUCACCGAGCGCGUGGGGAUGGCAUCUCCUGUUCGCAAGAUUAACUUCACACCGAGGAAGACUCCCACUAUUAUCGACGAGAACGGGGAUCUGAAACUCCCGACGCCCAAACACGGAUCAGCAACUACAGGUCUUAGCUCCCCAGUGAGGAAAAUCAACUUUACGCCAAAUCGCAGCCGAAACGCCGUCGCCAGCAAUGACCAUCUAGCUCUUCCACCCGGAAAACCAAUCGACUUCAGUGAUUCUGUCUUCAUGUCUAGCCCAGCCAGGCGACCCGAGGCAUCCCCGUCUCCUUUCAAAUUCAGCCGCAGGGACAGUCCCAACGGUGGUUUUUCCCACUCAGUCCCGACCCCUAAUUUCACCCCGGGCCAUGAAUCCCCACUCAAGAUGUCUCCUAGGAAGGGUCACCUGGCUGCGUCUUUCUCAGGUACACCUUCUAAAGCUGCGACUCCGUUAUUCCAGGCCCAGUCUUCUCUGAUCCAAAGUCCAGCUAAGAGAAUAGCUUCUCCAUUCAAAACUUCUUUAUUUUCUUCCAAAGCUACGAUCAAUGAGGAGAGCGACGAGACUUUCGCUGGAUCUGCCAUCAAGGCCAAGAAAUUUGCUUCUCCUUCAAAGGACUUCCAACCCUUCGGUGGCGAUGAGGAUCUGGAGAUGGUGGAAGAAGUGGCUCGUGAUAUCUUCGGAAUCGAGUUGCAGUCUGACAGGAAAUCCUCAUCCGCUUCACCAUUGUCAAGAGAAUCACCAAAGCCCGAACCAGUAGAGGAGCCUCAAUCGACUCCCGCCAAAGCUGUUGAAUAUGAUGCCAUGAGCGAAUCUAGUGAGGAGGAUGUUGAACCAGUCUCGGAUCAUGAAUUAACACUUGCUGAAGCUGGUGAAUAUGACUUUAUGAGUGAAUCUGAGGAUGCGGAUAUCGAUGAGAAAUUGGAAGAACUGCAUGAAGAAAUUCGCCGCGAACCCGAAGACACGGAUACAUUCUGCUUCAAUACCAUGGAAGAACUUCAGGAGCCUUUCCAAAAUCUUGAAGAACCGAAAUUCUUUGAUUUUGACAUGAAUUCCGAUGAGGCUGAUCCGAAUAAGGAGCCGGCGGUUGAAGAUCAGGGCUGGUGUGAACCAGAAUUGCUCUCUGACACUGCAGAGCCUACUGAUGAACCAGCCGUGUCACUGGAGACAGAAACAGAUAUUUUUGAAAUACAGUCUAUGGAAGUGCCAUCCUCUCCUUCUCCGCCAUCCGAACCCACACUCGGACUGGAUGCUCUCGAGGAAACGCAAUCUGCCCGAUCGGUUCACGAGGACUGGUCCGAGCAGGAAGAAGUUGAGCAGGAAGAGGCUGAUCAGGUGGAAAACCUCGCUGCAUCCAUCCGCUACCCAGAUGAGGAGCAGGAUAUGGAGAGCGAAGAAGAGGACAUGUUGGAGGAUGAAUUUGCUCUUGCGCAAUCCGAAGCUGCGUUUUCGGAGACUCCUCAACCUCGCUCACCAUAUCAACAGAACGAGGGCGAGCAGAACACCAGCCCGUUCCCUAAUAUGCAAUCUAUUCCUCCCCUAGCACCUACUCCUCCAGCCGGUGGGAUGACCCCUAUGUCCACACAAUACGAGGAGGGCCAGGAAAGUGUCAAGUCUAUUGAUCGACUUUUCGACAUCAACUACUCACCGCGCCCUCUCACUCAAGAGAGCCCCUUCGACACUACUCUGACUGAUGUCCCCUCUCCUGUUGUGCCGAGUGUCUCCAACACCCCUCGUGUUCAAAACAACCGGAAGUCUGUCGCAGGAGUCGACUUGGGAUUCACCCCUCUAGCAGACCGGUUUGACGGCUGGCAAACCAAAAUUGCGACUCAAGAGAGGACACCCCGGCCACGACGACGUGGUGUGUUUUCUCUUGUCGGCCCCCUGGACAAGGCCACCGAGAACAGUCCUACGGCCCAGGAAGACGAUGUAUCAUACCCUGACCUCUCACGCACUCCCCUCGCCAAUAGCCCAAAUUUGUUCGUCGAUCUACCUCUCCGCCUUUCUGUCUCCCCAACAAGAUCUCCUACACGUUCUCCCCUGGCCGAACGGGAUCAUGAGAUGAUUGGAUCACCGGGCAAGAGCAACAUCUUCGAGGAUGACGAUUCUGUUAUCAUUGAGAAUGAAGAAACUGAACAAAUCAAACCACAAGAGGGGACUCCUGCCCAUGAACCUUCAGACGAUGAAUCCCAGGAUUCUUCUGAUGAGGACAAGGAGAACUCGGACACGACUCCCCUUGCCCCAGCCACCCCAGUAAGGCCCGUGCCGGAACAAAGCCGGAUGGUUCACACUGUCUCGAAGGUGCCGCUCAGAGCCGAGGGUGACGUCUCACCCUUGAAGCUUCCCCGAAAGCGCGGCCACUCCCUUGCCAGCGCAUCUCCCACUCGCUCCUCUCCUCGCGUUCCCAAGCCCAUCUUCCCCCAGCGGACUGGAAGCAUGCCCUCGUUCUCUCCUCACAAGGCACCGCGAGUGUCGCGAAGCCCAAGUCCCAAGCGUCGCUGCAGUGCUCCUAGGCGCUCCAGUGGAAGGGUCACAGACAUGACACCAACGAAGGCCCCAUCCAUCGCUGCAAGCCCAGCGAAGACUCCGCGCCCUAACUUCAACCCUAGCAGUCAGGCUCUAUGCGGUGCUGUUGUGCACGUCGACGUCCAUACCACCGAGGGCGAAGAUGCUUCAGGCAUUUUCCUCGAACUUCUGCAACAAAUGGGCGCCCGAUGCGUAAAGUCGUGGUCUUGGAAUCCCCGAGCCAGUCUUUCCCCAGUUGAUGACGUGGACCCCAAGGAGGCUAACUCUAAAGUGGGUAUCACCCAUGUGGUAUACAAGGAUGGUGGAUUGCGUACACUGGAGAAGGUCAAGCAUGCGGCUGGCCUGGUCAAGUGUGUUGGUGUCAACUGGGUUUUGGACUGCGAAAGAGAGAAUAAGUGGCUCGACGAGACCCCAUACACUGUUGACUGCUCGAUCAUCCCUCGGGGCGGAGCCAAGCGCCGCAAGAGCAUGGAGCCGCGUGCGUUGAGCAACGUCAAUGGCACUCUUGUGCGCACUGCGGAGCCAUCCACUCCCUCUGCCAGUGGUCGUCGCCACGGUGCCAACCUUGGGGCGAUCGAGACUUUCCGCAAGAUCACCCCGCCAACGCCAGUUCAAGUGCCAUCAACCCCUGAGCAAUCCAAUGAUCACUAUGCCAUUCCUCAAACCCCCGGCUACAACUUCGCCAACCUUGACGCUAUUGGCAUGUCUCCUGCCACCCCUUACUUCUUGUCCAACCGCAAUAAGCUUGUCCAGCAGUCCUGUCCACCUAAGCAGAGCCAACAGGGUCUGUUCUCGACGAGCAAGCCUAGCACACGUCGUGAACUAUUUGACGACGACGACGAUGAUGAGAGACGCAAGCAACGUACUCGCAUGGAAGCCGCACGGCGCAAGACCAACCUCUUCAAACCCUCCGCUGGAAGUCCACUGAAGCGGUGA